AUGGCGGUAAUACCAAUAUCAAUUCUUGUCAAAAGAGAGGACGACGAUGAAGCACCGCAACAUCUCAAAUGGCUCAAGUUCGUCCUCGCAGUGGUUUUCGCAGCUAUUGUGGUCACCAUCGUACUAAGAAUUCACACCAGGAGAAUCAGGGAAUUAAACAAGAUCAAGCACAAACAGCCAACACGAAACAGGCCGUUGAGAAGAAUUCCAAGUCGCUUUGCAAUUACUUCGAGCCAGCAAGCUCAACAACUGCAAACACAUCAGCUUCAUUUGGCGGAAAUCACAGAUCCAUCGACCCUUGAACCGACUCAUGAUCGAAGCGAGUCUAUUUCUUCGGACCACAUAGCAAUAUCCGCUCUCCCGCCCAUAUACUACGACGACCGUCCUCCGCCAUAUCCUUCUACACAUAUGGAACAGCCAGAAAGACGAUUUUUCCCUCAGAGACCUUCAGAGGACAGUUGA